AAAAUGACAGCGAUAGGCCCUGUUGAUAAAAAAGCCGUGAUGAAGCUGCUAAUACCAGCUUUAAUAUGUAAUAUGCUAGCGUUCACUUCGAUUUUACCAUUGUUUCCGACGAUUCUGAAUUACUACUCGAAAGAAGGGCAUAGGGAUUGGUUAUAUGAUAUCAGUGUGAAAGGGCUUCAAUCAUUUCAAGAAGCCAUUGGAGUUCCACAUAGCGAAAGAUAUGACAAAGUUUUCUUUGGAGGUUUCCUUGGCUCACUGUUCAGUGCUCUUCAAUUUAUCUCCUCGCCCACACUUGGCUCGUUGUCAGAUAUUUACGGACGCCGAGCUGUCAUCAGUUUGUGCUGCAUUAUGACGUUUAUCUCAUACGUUAAUUGGUUGAAAGCAGAUAUAUUCGCGUAUUUUGUGUUGUCAAGGAUUCUGGGCGGCUUGAGCAAGGGAAACAUCAAUGUGGCAACUGCAAUUGUUUCGGAUGUAUAUUCCCCCGAAGAUCAUCCAAAGGGAAUGGCACUCAUCGGAAUUUCUUAUUCUCUGGGAUUCCUGAUUGGACCAAUGAUUGGAGCAUACUUCUCCACAAUUGCGUCAAUAGAUUCUCCCUUUGCCUACCCUGCAAUGUUUUCAAUUAUCCUUACAAUUUUGGAGUUUGGAUUUUUGUUUUUCCUUCCCGAAACAUUGGACCUCAAAGAGCAGAAAAGUCUCGAUGACAUCAAAAAAACACGAAAGGAACUGGUGACUCCAAAGGACUUGUUCCAGUUCACGGCAGUCAAUGCUCCACAAGAAAGAAAACAAGAAAUGCAAAAAGUUGGCUGGAUAUAUUUUCUAUUCCUUUUCUUAUAUUCCGGCCUUGAAUUCACCCUACCAUUUUUGACACACAUCAGAUUCGACUUUGAUAACAUGCAACAAGGAAAAGUCUAUCUGUUUACUGGGCUCCUGAUGCUCCCCAUCCAAGCAAAAUAUGUGAGGAAGACCCCUAUCGAGAAACAAAAGGCUGUCGCAGAAUUCGGGAUUGCUUGCAUCAUCCCGGCGUAUUUACUGGUGGCCGUCGCCAAAACGCCAUUGGUUCUUUAUGCUGGACUAUUCUUCUAUGCAAUUGCUUCAGCUACUGUUGUCACAAGUCUUACAUCGUUAGUUCACGUCAUCUACCCACAAAGUGAGAAAGGGGUGCUUGCCGGUAUUUUCAGAAGUUUAGGAUGUCUUGCAAGAGCUCUGGGACCCGUGAUUUCAUCCACAUUUUUCUGGCUCCUUGGAGCAACGACCUGCUACAUUAUGGGUGCUUUUCUUCUAUUCAUCCCACUCAUUCUUUUGAAAAGAUUGGAAAAUCCUGCUGCCAAGAAAACUGUCUAAGCUCUCAAUUUUUGUAGUUUUAGUCUCAAUGUUUAACUUUUCCCAAAUUACGGUUUGUAUCUUACGAUGCACAAUAUGAGUUUCAUUCCCAAAACGAUGUAUAUUUGUGAUAAUUUUUUUUGAAUAUUGUGAUACUUGUUUUAUUAUUUAUUACAUAUAUGUGAUAGUUUUAUAAAAACACUGAGAUUCGAAA